AAAAAUCUCGACAACAGCAACAGCAACAACAACUACAGCAACAAAAUUCUACAUCAUCAACAACAACGAUGACAAUAACAAAUAUUGGAUCAUCAACAUCCAAUUCAACAGCAAUGAAUAAUCAAAGUAUACAUGCACUAAUAUCGAUUCAGCCAAAAAAUGCAACACACGGUACAGCAGUUAUAUUGACCGAAGAAGAAAAACGUACAUUAAUCGCUGAAGGUUAUCCAAUACCGCAACGUUUUCCAUUAACAAAAAGUGAAGAAAGAAGUUUGAAAAAAAUUCGUAGAAAAAUUAAAAAUAAAAUCAGUGCACAAGAAUCAAGACGUAAAAAGAAAGAAUAUAUGGAAGAAUUGGAAAAACGUGUACAAAUACUUGAUUCAAGAGUACGUGAAUUGGAAAAAGAAAAUAAAGCAUUAAGACAAUUAAAAGUGGCUUGAAAUUUUUUUCUUAUGGAUUAAAUAAUGGAUGUAUGGGAUGACUGAGAAUAACAUUUUAACGACGAACAUUCCACCGAUUCACAGAUUUUUCUCCUAAUUUUAU